AUGCAUUUACCAUCAAUUUGUUUCACCUUUUUAAUUUUACAUAAUUUCAAAUGGAAUCGUUUAGCUAGUCAAAUUUUCGGUAUUCUUCUUAUUGUCAAUGCUUUACUUAUUCUUUUUGAAUUGCCAUUUACACUUACAUAUCUAUACGAUGGAUUCGUAAGACAUGAAAAUAUAUGUCCAGUUUGGAUUCUUAUCAACUAUUCAUUAUUUAUCUUGAGUAUAAUUUUAAUUGCAUGGACAUCAAUUGAACGUUAUUUAUUUAUUUAUCAUGAACAACUCAUUACACGUUGUCGAAUUUUAUUACAUUAUAUUCCUAUAGGAUGUUUUAUUGUGUACACACCUUUAUUUUAUAUUAGCUUAGUGCUAUUUUAUCCUUGUCAACAAGCAUUUAGUGAAUAUAGUUAUAUUUGUGGUGGUCCAUGCUAUCUUUUUCAUAUUGUACCAUGUGUGAUUGAUUGGCUUUUUAAUGUUGUUUUGGUAUUACUUAUUACAUGUGUUAUGAAUAUUAUAUUAAUUGUUGUAAAUAUCAAGCAAAGAUAUAAAAUGAAAAAAUCCAUAAUCACCGUAGGAAACAGUCAACGAUGGCGUCGCACAAUAAAGUUGAGCGUACAAGUAUUUUCAAUAUCUACACUUUGUGUGAUUGGAUGGAUUCCAUAUGGCGUUGUUUCAACCAUACAACUUUUUCACAAUACAGAAUUUUUAAGUUAUCUUCUUUCAACAUUUUUUAUUUAUUUUCCAUAUAUCCAAACAUUAUUUUUACCUUAUGUUUGUUUAUUAUUUAUGCCCAAAAUUAAAAACAAAGUUUUGAUUAUUGUGAGUCAUGAACAUCAAAAUCAUAUAGAUCCUGUGACAGCCAAAUAUUCUCAGUCAGCUAUCAACGUCGAUCCUCUUAAUCAACAUAUAGAAUCUACGAAUAUUCAAAAAACUGAAUUUCAACAACCGAAUGAUGAUGAACAUUUAGAUGAUACAAUUGAAGCUCGUCUUCAAACUAAACAUAAUUUGAGACAAUCAGUUCAUCAACAAAGUGAUGAUGAUAAAUUUGAUAAUGAGCAAGAUUAUAUCAAUCGAUUAAAUUCAGCAUUGGAAAAUGAAUAUAAAAAGGAACCUGAAUCUCAACAUGUAGCUUCGCGUAUAGCGGAUACAAUUCAUAAUGCACCAUCACAAAAUCAAAUAAAAGAAGAUGUUCAAGUACCAUCACGCAUAGUAAAUGAAACCAUAUCUAUACAAACACCAAAGGAACAGCACACUACUAAUGAAGCAUCACCGAUAAUUGAUACAUUGAAACAUGCUCAAAACUUAGAUGAAAAAUUGAGUUCAAAACUGCUUUCUAAUGAAAUUACAGAUUCAGCACGAGUACAAACUAAUGAACAACAACCAACGAAUAUCAUUGAAGAAAAAGUAAUAAAAGAAGAUAUUCCAUCUAUUCAUAAAGAAACUCUAUCAUCAACACAAUCGCAUCAACAAAACGAAAAACUCAAUGUAGUGAAACCUAUAAUUAAUCACAUUCCACCUUCUGCAGAUCAGCAACAGCCAAUAUCGAAUACAAUUAUAAAUCAUACAGUACAAGAUAACAGUUCAAUUGAUGUUAAACCUUCAUCUCCAACACCAUCACAAUUAGAUCAAACACAACAGCUAAAAUCUGAUACAAUACAAAAUGUUAAUUCACUCAAUCCUAAACUAGAUCAGCAACAACCAAUAUCCGAAGCAAUAACAAAUGAUCAUCCAUUGGAUUCUACUUUAAAACAACAACGAAAAUUCGAUACAAUACAAAAUGCAGAUUCAUCAGAUUAUAAUCCAUCUUCUUCAACAUCAGUAAACGAACAGCAAAAGCAACAAGUGUUCGAUUCGAUACACAAUUUUAAUUCAGUCGAUCCUAGACCAGAUCAUCAACAAUCAGUACAUGAAACAAUAAAAAAUGACCAUACAUUGGAUUCUACCUUAAAACAACAACAAACAUCCGAUACUAUACAAAAUGUAGUUUCAUCAGAUCACUAUCCAUCUUCUUCAACAUCUACAACAGAAAACCAAAAGCAACAAGUUCCCGAUUCAAUACAAAAUGUUCAUUCAUCAAAUCAACAACAGCCAAGUCUACAAACAAAACAACAUGUUAGCUCAUUAGAUCAACAACAACAAACUUUAGAAACAAUGCAAAAUAUUGAUUCAAUAGAUCAUCAUAUACCCCCAAUACAAGUCGAUCACCAAUCACAAGUUAUUGAUGCAACAAAACAAACAGAAUCGAUACGAACUAAUGUCAAAUCAGAUGAUACUUCAUCAGAAAGAAAGGAAUCUCCUACUAAUGUUCGAGCAUCAACACCAUCAGCAAGAAUUUUGCGUUCAGCAACGACAAGAAUGACUCAAACUGCUCAAGCACGUCAUCGUCAUAUUCAUUCAAAUCAAGAAACAAUUGCAAAACAACAAGAACCAGAAAAAACUCCAGCAACAGAAGAUCUAACUAUUGAAACAAAAUCAUCAUCAACAACGAUGGCAACAAUUGAAUCAACAUUAUCCUCAACAACAAUAUCUACUGUGGAAUCAAUAAAGACUGUUACUCUUGAAUCAACAUUAUCAUCAACAAUGAUGACUACUACCAUUGAAUCAACAUUAUCUUCAACAACAAUGUCUACUAUCGAAUCACCAAAAGCUGCUACCAUAGAAUCAACAUUAUCCUCAACAAUAAUGUCUACUGUGGAAUCAUCAAAAAUUGCUACUAUGGAAUCAACAUUACCAUCAACAAUUAUGCCUAUUACUGAACAAUCAAUCGAAGAUCAUAAUAAUUCAGUUGAAUCAUCAUUAUUAAAACCACAAGAACCUCAAGUCGAAACUGUUCAACAACUCGAAAUAGAUCUUAAUAUAAAUGAAGAAGCUGAAAUACAAAUCAAUCAAGAAUAUGAAAACUCCAUCGAUAUUACCGAUCUUCCACGUCAAGUACAUGUACAUGAUCCAAAAGCAAUACUUAAUAACCUAGAAGAAGAAACAAAUAAAAAUGAAAAACAACAUAUUGAUAAAGAAAUUGACAGUCAUACAACUAUUGCUUCAUUUUUAUCUAAUGAUCACAGUCCACAUUUACCACGUGUACUUGAAAAUAAAGAAACAGCCUCAACUAUCGAGUCUACCAUUGAAACAAUGACAAAUACUGUUGAAACAAUUGAUAAUAAGAAUGAAAUAAAUCAACCUUUGACAUACAGUGAAUCGAAAGUAGAAGAAACGAAUAAUACACAAACAUCAAAAUUAAAUACAAUUUCGAUUGCUUCAAUAUCAAACAAUAGUGAAAAAGCAUUAUCCACUCAAUAUCGUCAAGUUUGUUGGAAUUUACCACCAUCAUUUGAACCAACUUUUGAAUUAAUAGAAAAUCGAACAUUACGUUUUGUUAAACUCUUACCUGAAUUUGUUCAAAUAACGUUAUAUGAAUAUAUAGAUGACGAUAACACAAUUAUAAAUGCAGUGUGGUUGGGUUCAAUAUGUAGUAUGUGCUUAUUGUUUAGUUUUCUGUUUCUUUCCUUGGGUACUAAACGUUUACAACAAAGUAAACAAGAAAAAAAAAUUCGUGCACAUUGUCAACAACUUCGACAAUAUAAUAAUCAAAUUGAACUUGAACGUGCAACAUUUGAAAAACAAAAUCAAGAAUUAUCCGAUCAAAUUGAUGAAUUAAAAAAAAUACCAGUAUGUGAUGCAGAUGAAGAACUUUUUGAAUUACGUGAAAAAUAUGAACGUCUUCAUGCUGAAUGGAAAAUUGCACGAAAUGAACAUGAUAUUUUACAAAAUGACAUUAAUUAUAAAAAUAGUGUAAUACAAAAAUCUGAAGUUGAUAUGCAAAAACAACUUGAAACUAUUGCAUUUUUGAAUGAUGAAAUUUUUCGUCAAAAACAAGAACUAGAAAAAGAACGACAAACUAUAAUUCGUCCAGAAUCUACUGAUCUUUCAUUAGAACGUUUUCAAAAGUUAGAAGAAAUUAUUCAUCAGCUUAAAUCUGAAAUAACACAAUUAAAACAAGAAAAAUUUACACAAUUCGAUCAAUUAGAACAAGUACAAGAACGUGCUAACCAAUUGGAUAUUGAUAAUAAUGAAUUAACUAUUAAAAUGAAACAAUUGAAAGAUUUACUUCAACAAAGAGAUGAAACAAUAGCUCAAAUUCGAGAAAAAAUGCUUAAUAGUGAUGAUGAUGAUGAAGAAAAAACAACAGAAAUCGGGAAUUUACUUUCAACGGCAAAAGAAAAUACAAACGAUAAUGAUCAAAAAGAACUUUUAUCAAAUAUAAAUAAUGAUAUUGAAAAAGCUAAUCAACAUAUGCGUAGUUUACAUUCUGAAAUUGAUGAAAAAACUCGUCGUAUCAAAGAACUUGAUGCAUUACUUAAUCAAGAAAAAGAUCAUUGUAAAGAACUGGAAACAAAACUAAAAGUUGUUUUAGAAUUACGAGAACGUGAUGCUCAUUUACAUAUUCGACAAUUAGGACAAACUGAUGCUGAAUUACGUAAAGCAAGAACAGAUACUGAACGUGUUAGAAUUUUACAACAACAAUUAGAACUUAAACAAAAACAAUUAGAUGAUGUACAAAAAGUUCUUUCUAGUGAACAAACAAAAUUUAGUGAAGAAUCGGGUAAAUUACAGCAUGAAAUACAUGAAAAAUGGAUGGAAGUUAAACGAUUAACAAGAGAACUUGAUGGAGCAAGAAAAGAAUGUGAAGGUCUUCGAAGACAAAUUACUAGAUAUGCAAACAGUGAACGUUUAUCUCAAGAGAAAACAAUGCAUAAACCAAUUCCACAACAUAUUAAUAACAGUAGUCGACUGUCAAGUGAACCAGAAACAAAUAGCAGUUCUCCACCACCAUCACAUUCAUAUCAACAAGGAGAAAAACCCAUUGAUUAUGGACGUAAUGAUUCGGGUGCUGCUAGUCCAGCUGAAAUGCUUAGAAUUCGACCACCUUUGUUUGGCCUACCUCGACCUCCAUUCUUUCCACCACCAUUUAUGCCUCCACCUAAUCCAUUCAUGAUGGGCCCACGAUUUCCAAUGCCAGUUGGCGGUCCACAUGGAAUGAUAUCACCUAUUUCACAUUUAAUAACCAAUGGUAGUGGUGGUGGUAGUGAUGCAAACAGUUUUGAAAUUGUCGAUUCUAUGAAUGUAACACCCAACUCAACUAGCUAUGAUACACAACUUAAUGGAUCUGCUGUAUCACCUAUACCUAAUGGUAAAAAUUUUGAACAAAAUAUAUCAUUAAAUGUUAUUUGA